AUGAGGGCAAGGAGGGAGGCUAAGAAGAGGGCCAAGGCCAUGGAAAUAUGUGGUACUGGUGGGACAGUUAAUGAUGAAAUUGGAGAAGAUGUAAUGCAGCGGGCAAAAAGAACUUCGAAGAAAUGUGAAUGCAGUGCCAUGUUAUAUGCUGGGGUUGACUUUGAUGGGUUGUGUGUUAUAAGGAAACUGAAGAAAGAACAUGAUAACCACACCCCUAAACCGUCUGAUGCUAAGUUGGUGAAGGAAUAUCGGAUGAAGAAUUAUUACAUAUCCAAUGUUAGGAAGAAACUGUUGAACUUCUAUGAAGAAGGUGUCCCCAUAAGGCAAAUACAUGGGUGCAUGGCUACUGAGAGCGGUGUGGAUAACCUUCCUACUGUCAAGGAUCUUGAACAUGAAGUGUCCAAGGAAAAGAAAAAGCGGUUGAAGAUGGAAGGAGGUGAUGUUGUUGUGAUGAUGGCGUACUUUGACCGAAUACAGAAAGAUAAUCAGAAUUUCUGUCACGCACAUCGCUUAGAUGAAGAGGGUCGUCUGAAGGAUGUAAUGUGGGUUGAUGCUCGUAGUAGGGUGGCUUACGAAGAAUUUGGCGAUGUGGUUUGCUUUGAUGCCACUUACCUAACUAAUCAGUAUGAGCUUCCUUUUGCCAAUUUUGUGGGUGUUAACCACCACAGGCAAUCUAUCUUAUUGGGUUGUGCCCUUGUGUCACAUGAGGAUUCAGACACAUUUGGUUGGAUUUUUAGGCACUGGUUGUCUUGUAUGGGUAACAAAGAACCCGUGGCUAUUUUGACUGAUCAAGCCGCUGCAAUGCGCAAGCCAUUGGAGAAAGUUAUGCCGAAUGCGCGCCAUCGGUGGUGUAUUUGGCACAUACUGAGGAAAUUCCCAGAAAAGCUUGGAAAGUGUAAAAAUGUUUGGUUGCAGCAACACCCUCUGUUUGUUAAGCCUAUAGUUUUUCCUAUGUGUGACCUAAUGUUUCUACUCUAUCAAGAUUUUAAGAGUCCACUAAAGACUCUUAUUUAUGAGAGUUUCAUAGUUGCUGAAUUUGAGCGUAGAUGGUCACAGCUAAUGUCUGUGUAUGAGCUAGAGGACGAUGAGUGGUUAAGCAACCUAUAUGAUGAAAGACAUAUGUGGGUGCCCGCAUUUAUGAAAGAGCAUUUCUGGGCCGGGAUGAAGACAACACAGAGGGUUGAAAGCAUCAACAGUUUUUUCGACGAUUUUGUAAACAGAAAAACCAAGUUAUAUAUUAAUUCCCUGAGAAGUACACUAGGGCAAUAG